AUGGCGCCUGAACAGAUCGCCACCGACGUUUGGCUGCUGGUCAUGUUUAGAGCCCUUCGUAGAGCUACCGCCCGCAAUCUUACACUUUCGUCUCGCAUUCCACCUGUCAUUGGCAAAGUUCGCGGAUUAUCAGUCGCACACACGCUCUCAGCCAGUCCUUCUAGCAUACUCCAAGAGUCCGACCGAGCUCAGCUACCACAUGGCGCUCCCUUUCCAAGACGUAGUCAUACAUGCGGCGCCUUAAGUUCUGGAGACGUUGGUUCGACGGUGGUCUUGACGGGAUGGCUCCUUCCCGAGAGGAAAGUUAAUCAUAAACUAUCAUUUUUCAACUUGAGAGACUCCUACGGCAUCGUCCAGCUUGUCGUGUCUGCCAAGGAAGAUGAAGCUUUGCUUGCUAUGAUGCGCAAACUACCCACGGAGUCCACGGUAUCGCUGCGAGGAGCAGUCAGAAUGCGAGCGGAAGGCCACAGAAGGCCUUAUCCUCAAGGAGACAUCGAGGUCGCUGUCGUGUCUUGUUUACUUCUCAAUCCUGCGGAUCGCAACUUGCCUUUCUUGCCUUCUGAUACUCAAAACAUGGCAAAUGAGAACGUGAGGCUCCGAUAUCGUUACUUGGACCUUCGUAGAGAGGCUCUCUCCGCAAAUCUCAAGAAGCGUAGCGAGGCGGCUCAUCUCAUUCGGUCUGUCUUCUAUGAAAGGGAUUUCACAGAAGUGGAGACCCCAAUACUCUUGAAGUCGACACCGGAAGGUGCACGGGAGUUUCUUGUUCCCACUCGUCUUACUGGAUCCCCUUCGUCUAGUAGCCCUGGCCAAUCCGCAGUCUCUUCUACGACCAAAGGCUUAAUAUCGACGCCGUUAUUCUACGCUCUUCCGCAAUCUCCUCAACAGCCAAAACAGCUGCUCGUGGCGUCCGGGGCAGUUGAUCGGUACUACCAGUUAGCAAAGUGUUUCCGCGAUGAGGACGGACGCAAGGAUAGGCAGCCCGAAUUCACCCAAGUUGAUUUAGAAAUGGCAUGGGUUAGUUGGGGUGAGCCAGAUAUGAGCAACGAUGUUUCAGCCCCCAUGGCUCUUAUAGACGCCGACGACUCGCCUACUCAGUGGAGGAUUGGCGGCCUUGAAGUUCGCGAGACUGUAGAAGCCCUCGUUCGUCGCCUCUGGUCGAAGCUUGAAGGCAUUGAACUACCCGAACAAUUUCAAGUGACGACAUAUGAUACUGCAAUGCAUCGCUACGGGUGUGACAAACCCGACCUUAGGGUUGGCAUGGAGAUCGAGGACAUCAGUUCGUAUCUUCCAACGUCCGUUCGUGCCGCACUCACUUCGAGAGAGGAGAUCGUUGAGGCAUUAGUAGUUCGUGCCUCUACGUCUGAUCGAGCCUUCCUUCGUGCUGCCCGGGAGCUGCGGAGCGAAGAAAAAACUGUUGAGCGUCUGGAAGUUGCACAGAACGGAAGUAUCGACUGGAUCCGCCAGUCUGAAAUCAUUCGGAGAACUGCGGAUUUCGCGGUUGAUGACGUCGAUAUGCAGAUAAACACUGCUCUACAUCUGAACAGCGGGGACAUUCUGUGGGUGGCUAGACGCAGAGGUCGACCAGAGGGGGGUUCUACGGCUUUAGGACGCCUUCGCCUUCAACUUGCGGGUCUGGCCGAGACCCUUGGAGACUUCACCUUUCCGGAUGAUCCGCGUUUCCUAUGGGUCACUGAAUUCCCUCUAUUCACUCGUGCAGAUGCCGAUAAGGAGUUCUUGGCUCACGGACGGUGGAGCAGUUCACACCAUCCUUUCACGGCGCCUAUGUGGCAGGACAUCAAAAAGAUGUAUGAAGGUGGGGUGGCCGAGGUCAGAGGGCAACAUUACGACCUCGUCCUGAACGGCGUAGAGAUUGGAGGUGGCUCAGUUCGAGUUCAUGACGCCGGGAUGCAGGAGUAUAUCUUCACAGAGAUUUUGCAGGCCAGUCUUGAUCGUACGGAAACGACAUCCUUCGCUCACUUGCUUCAUGCUUUGCGAUGUGGGGCACCUCCCCACGGGGGCUUUGCAUUUGGGUUUGACCGUUUGAUGGCCAUCCUCUGCAAGACGGACUCGAUUCGAGAUGUUAUCGCAUUCCCCAAAACCAGUGUUGGCACGGAUCUUCUCUUUAAAAGUCCCGCUCCCGCUUCUCGCGAAGUACUAGCACAAUAUGGCAUUCCAGCAAAAUAA